CCGUCCCUGAGUAUCAUGGCUCCGUGGGCUUAAACUGGAUCAACCCCAUACCAUAAUGAGAUUUCACGGAUCUAACGAUAGAUUCAGUGUGUGGGCAUGCUUGUGAAGACAUAGCUCUGAUUCAGUGUAGGCUGACAGCAUGCUGAAGCCAUGUGUUAACAGCGCAGUCGGUUUCAUUUCUUUAGCACACCAAUGGCUUUCUCUGGAUGUAAGGUUCCUGCAGAAAAACGGUUCAUUUGAGACCGCGAGGAAAUCGUCUGUGAGGAAACCCAGUCCACUAACCACCAUGGGAGGAUCACACGCAAAGAGAACUGGAUUCAGGAAGCAAAGAAAAGAAGACUACAGCAUCAGAACGCCCCCCUCUUACCUGGACACUGACAGCCCCCAGGAUUUAAUUCAGCCCAGAAAGGUAACCCACCCCGUCCUCGAUUCACAACGCCACCAGGACCUGCACAGAGAGCUCGUUCUGAGCUGCAAGCGGGGUCUUCUGCCAGAGAACAAGCCAGAGCUGCAGAGAGUGCUGGAGCAGAGGAAGCUGGAGCAGCUCCGAGAACAGGAAGAGGCGCAGAGACCCAAAUCAGACCUAGAGCAGGAGCUCAAGAAGAGGCAGCAGAAACUGGAACUGUACGAGCAGGAGCAGAUGAAACCGAAAGCAGAUGAGGAAGACGUGCCCGAGUUUGUGAAAGUGAAGGAGAACCUACGCAGGCUCAAACUGAACGGGGAAUAGGGCAGGAGCUGCUUCAUCAACGGCAGGGCCACCUGGAGGGAGAGGGAAAACACUGCCAGAGUCUCGAAUCACUCGAACCUGCCAGAGAGACAUGGCCCCUUUCAAACAGAGAAAAUGUACUGGGGAGUUCCAGGGUUCUUCAUCAUGAGAUGAUGUCAUGUUUAUGAAUGUGUGCGUGUGUGUGUGCGUGUGUGUUUGAAGCAUAUGUGGGAGCUGCAGUAAAUCAAGGGCAGUACAUUAGAUCUAGAAACAGAAAUGCUCUUCCUGAAUUCUGAGAUCUGGUACCUUUCUGUUUAGAAAUGAUCCCCUUUAUGUAUGUAUGCAUUCAUGUACAGUAGGGUACACAAUUCAGUCAUCUGCACAUUCAGCAGCAUCGAAAGCAGAAACAGGGUUUUUUUGGGGGGGGGGGGUCAUCCAUAAAUAAUAUUGUCUUACAAAAUGGCAAUAUAUAUUAUUAAAUGAGAAACGGGUCACCAAUCUGAUUGGUGCUCAGUCUGCUGGUUUGUCGCUCUAUCACUGGGACGAUCUGCUGAAUUGAAUUGAAAUUUGGAAGGUAUGAGACGCACCACUGGGGGGAUGUGUCGAGCGACCUCCUGACACGGACCACCUAUCCAGUGCAGUCCGCAGACCACCUUGGGUGUUUUUACUCAACACCACGAUUGCUCCUGAACAGCUGGACGCACUUCUUUCCAGUUCUAUUGAGCAAUGUCCCUUUCAUAGCUCCUUCUGACACAGUGGUUUUAAUUAAACCUUAGAAUCUGUCUAUGUGAACUCUAUGGGCUACGAGAAGCUGCCCUACCAAGACAUAGAGUAUGCAUCGAAAAGCAGAUCCUCAGAUAGGACGCUUAGCAUGGUACAAUUCUACAUGUUGUAGAAGUGGGGAGUUCACAAUGUUUAGGGGUUUUACAUUCUGAUUGAGAGUACAGUUAAAUAUACAUACUGUACAGGGUGCUGUAUGAUACUAUUUUAUCAUAUAAAAGUUAAAUAAGAAUGAUUCAAAUUAUAGUAAAUCUUAGUGUGAUUUCCAUCUGAUGCAAGCUGUCUUAUACAAAGAAAUGUCUUGUGGCUGCAUCACAUCAAAAUCAGGCUCUGAUACAUAAACGGUGAUUCAUGCACCAAGGGUGCGCUCGAAUAUCUGCAAGGAGUGUGCAGUAAAUUCUUCUUCAGCGACUGCUAUGACAAACAAAAAAGUCGAAAUUCCCCUUUUUACCCUUAUAAAAGUUUGCAAAAUGUUUUAAUUUUAUUUUUGCAUCUGUUUGCAACACCUGCACGUGUCGAGCACAAGUUUUCAAACUGCAAACCAUCAGGCGGAAGUAGUCUAGAAAAAAAAAAGAAAAUAUAGCGCUCGUCCGAGAUGCGGUGAUUCCAUACCAGCAAACCACAAGCAAAUCUGAUCUGCUUCAAACGAAGCAUUUCCUCAGAUCAGUUUCAUCUGAUAAAAAACAUCCACGUGAACACGCUCAAAACAGAGUCAAAUCUUCAAAUCAACGCCUUUGUGAACGUCGUGAACUUGAACGGGCCUCACACACCAGCGUUAUCUUGUUGUUUACAAUAAAACAAAACAAAA